CUGUAAAAUUAUGUGAUGAGAGGUCAUUGUGGCAGACAAUGGGGGAAAGAUCCAGAAGCCCAGGUACCGAUCAAAAAAGAAAAGUAGGCAAGCAAUAUUGCUCUCAUUACUCAUCUGACUUUGGAUCCUCACCACAGUCUUCCGGACACUCAUCGCCCAUCAAUUCGUCUUUACGUAGGAAGGAGAAGAAUGCCAAACAACAGUUGUUAGACAACCAGAACCCUACGAAAGUGAGUGCUAAAGGGAUCAGCAAAAAGGGAUCCCAGGUGGGACUGCGGUCGCAAAGCCUCAACAGAGAGCCGCUUCGGAAAGAUACAGAUAUCGUAACAAAGCGGGUUCUUUCUGCAAGACUUCUGAAAAUCAACGAGUUGCAGAACGAAGUGUCCGAACUGCAGGUCAGGUUAGCCCAGCUGCUGAAAGAAAACAAGGCUUUGAAAAGCCUUCAGUUUCGCCAGGAGAAAGCACUGAAUAAGUUCGAAGAUGCGGAGAGUGAAAUCUCGCAACUGAUACACCGCCAUAACAACGAGGUUACUGCGCUCAAAGAACGCCUACGGAAGUCCCAGGAGAAAGAACGGGCGACGGAGAAGAGGGUGAAAGAUACAGAAGGCGAACUAUAUAGGACAAAAUUUUCCUUACAGAAACUGAAAAAGAUCUCCGAGGCUAGGCACCUUCCAGAACGAGAUGAUUUGGCCAAGAAACUAGUUUUGGCAGAAUUAAAGUUAGAUGACACCGAGAGAAAAAUUAAGGAGCUAUCGAAAAACCUGGAGCUGAGCACUAACAGUUUCCAGCGGCAGUUGCUUGCUGAAAGGAAAAGGGCAUUUGAGGCUCAUGAUGAAAAUAAACUUCUCCAGAAGGAGGUACAGCGGCUCGGUCACAAGCUAAAGGAAAAGGAGAGAGAACUGGAUAUAAAAAAUAUAUACUCUAAUCGUCUGCCGAAGUCCUCUCCAAAAAAAGAAAAAGAAGCUAUUUCAAGAAAAAAUGUAUCAUGCCAGAGUGACUUCACAGAUCUGUGUACAAAAGGAGUACAGACCAGUGAAGACUUUGAGCUGGAAGACUUUCCUAUAACACCACAAACAGUUCUGUGUUAUGAGAACAAAUGGGACGGACCAGAAUAUCUUUCUUCGUACUUGGAAUAUCAAGAGCAAAAUGAGCCUGGAGCGGAGAUUCGAAAUUCCAGUUUGAAAAAGGAAGAAAAGAGCAGUGACGAUCAGGACACGAGCUCUGAAAAGCAGGAGGGCGGGAAGCUGGAGAGUGAGUGGGAAAGAGAAGAACUUGAUCCAUUGAAAGGUAAGACAUCUUUGCUAGGAAGAGCAGAGAAGCCAGAGUUGGAAGCUGGAAGGUUCCAAAAGGAAUCCUACCAAACUGAGAAUUUUGAUAAACUUGAUGAGGCAGAAAGACUAAAGACAGAAAUGCUUCUUGCCAAGCUGAACGAAAUCAACAAAGAACUCCAAGAUCCUUUGACCCUCAGCCAGACCUCUUUGCCGUUGCUACCUAACUUCGAUUCAAAACUGCAUUCUCCAGACAGAAGCCCCAAACCAAACAUGUUCUUCGAGUCCUCAGACAGAUCAUUUAAUGGACAUAAUAUGCCAGACAUGAGUUUUUUAAGUCCGAGAGGAGAAGGCCGGAGUCCAGGCCGGAGUCCAGGACGGGUUCGAAGUCCAGGCCUUCUAGAUAAGUUUGCAUUUGGUAGCUAUGUGCCUUCAUUUGCAAAAACAUCAGGGAAGUCGAAUCUAUUUGGCCCAAAAGGUAACCUUGUAGAUUUCCAAAACAACAGUUUGGAAAGCCUGAGUAAAGACAGUGUAGACUUAAUUUCAAGAAAAGAGAAAAAAGCGAACCUGAUGGAGCAGCUGUUUGGCACCAGUGCCAGCGCCAGCGCCAGUGCCAGCCCCAGCAAUACCACUGUUUCCUCCAAGAGCAAUGACCCACAUUUUCCAGCUGUCAGCAGAGGUGACUUGGACCCUCUUCGCUUCCUCUCUGGAGAGAAAAGCAGCAGAGUUCGGGAACUUGAUGAUGACGAUGAGGACUUUUUCCUCAGUGAAGGAAGAAGUUUUAAUCCAAAUAGACACCGCUUGAAGCACCCAAGUAAUAAGCCAACAGUCACGGCUGUUGACUCUGUUGACGAGGACAUUGAAGAGGUUACACUCAGAUGACUGACUGCAG